UACUAGUGUACUAGUGUACUGUUGUGGACGGUGUCUCAGACCUAUCCUGCCCAGGGUUCUCUUGGCGCUAGAAAGGUAUCGCAGUGGAUGUUAGGUUUGGGAAAGGCAAUUGACGCAAGGAACGACGUAACACGGAGUAAAGUUACUUGUCACUAUAAUUCACAGUUCUCGUCGGUGGUUCAGGUUCGAUACACAGUGCCCUCGGGCGGGCGAGUCGGGGUGUGCACGCGUGCUGCCGUUUUGUCUGUUUGGUGUGUCAAAAGGAUGUGUAAUAAAUUGUCUUUCCUUUGAUAGGCAUUUCAUGGACUUCUUGCAUAAUUUUGUCAAGCUGUACGCUGAAAAGCGCUCAUAUUUUGAAGAACAGCAACUUCGUUUGAAUGUUUGUCUUAACAAAAUUGCAGAGACUGUCUUACAUGUUGAAGAAUUGCAAAAGUCUUCAAAAGUUAUAUCUCAGGAGCUAGCAGCCAAGAAUGAAGCGGCCAAUGCGAAGCUCGAGCAGAUGGAGAAAGAUCGGCAGGAGGCUGAAAAGAAAAAGGUUGAGAGUCAAGACAUCCAGGCUGAUAUUGAGAGGCAUACUGUGGGCAUUUCAGAAAAACGAGAUGCUGUGAAGAUGGAAUUGGCACAGGUUGAACCUGCAGUCAUCGAUGCCAAGCAAGCUGUGAAGAAUAUGAAUAAUGAGGAGUUGAACGAAGUCAGAUCUUUUGUCAAUCCAUCUGCCCUAGUUGCAAUGGUCUUAGAGUCUAUCUGUGUUUUGUUGGGAGAAAAUGCAACUAACUGGAAUGCAGUCAGGACUUUUGUCAGGAGAAGGGAUUUUAAGUCCAUCGUCUCCAACUUAAAGACUGAGGAUAUUGCUGAUGCUGUUAGACAGAAGAUGCGUGACAAGUAUCUCAAUAGGCCAGAUUAUAAUUUUGAGAAAAUAAGUAAUGCCAGUCGGGCUUGUGGACGUCUGGUGAAGUGGGCCAUUGCUCAGGUUCAGUAUGCAGACAUGCUUCAGAAACUCAAGCCACUGCAAGACGAAUUGGGUUCUCUGGAACAACAAGCAUCUAAAAACGAAAAUGAGGCUGAGGAUUUAAAAAAACGUAUUGCUCAGCUGGAGCAGAGCGUAGAAUCAUCCUUCAAAGAACACAAACAGCUCACCUCACAAGCGAAGGCCCUACAGACAGACUUGAAGAAUGUGCAGGCCAAGGUGGACCGCUCCAUUGCCCUCCUGGAAUCCCUUGUCAGUGAAAGAGAGAGGACAGGCAGCCGCUGUGAACAGCCUCUUCAAAGCAGAAAUUUUAGAGGAUUACAUGUGUUCCUGUAAUAAUAAAAAGAAAAGAACGUGUAAACAGACUAUAUCAAUAGAAAAAGCACCAAUAGUUUUGACCAUACAACUAAAAAGAUUUGAUAAUGAAGGAAAUAAAGUUCUUACUGAAGUUUCCAUACCUAAGCAGCUUGAGUUACAUUCCAAAUUUCCGUACAGGCUAUCAGGCAUAGUCCAUCACCUCGGGGAAAAUAUUAACACAGGGCACUACAAAGCAGUCGUGAAGUGUUCAACUCUUGGUUUCUUCAGUUUCGAUGAUCAAAAUGUGAGUACAUUUCCUGCUUGACUUGUGACUGC